AUGGACAUCUCAACACCCCCUUCACCUAGUACACGUCCAGACUCCACGCUCACACCAGCCGCACCACCCACCCUCCCCGAAAUCAUCGCUCUAACGCGGCACCUCCUCUCCUCCCCAUCCUCCCUUCCGACCGCCGCCUCCCAACCCAAUCCCACCGAGAUCUCCAACCAUGGCCACGACAACAGAGAAGCAAAUGCCGAAAACAAAAAAGAAGAAGAGGAAGAAGAAGAUCACCUCCUGCAGUGCGGCGUCCCCGCCCUGCACCUCCUCCGCCAUUGCCCAGACGCAGCGCUACAGUUCGGGUACGAGAAACUGCACGCGGUGCCGUAUCGCGAGGUGAAGACUCGUUGGCGACGGUACUAUACGGAUGCGGCGGUGAGGAAGGUGCUGGGGAUUUUGGAGAGCGUGGGGGAAGAAGACUGGAUCACGCAGGUCGUAAGGACGCUCGACAUGGCGCUCAUCCUGACCGCCGCCCCCGGCAGGGAAGAACUGAUCGAGCUCAUCUUCUCAGCGCUGGAGGCCGUGAUCGCCGAGUCAGAGGAGAAUCGGCUCUCUCACGAAGAAGACGACAACGCAUUGAAAGCUAACACGGAAGCCGUUCCGCUCGCCCGUCCUUUCAAGAAACGCAAACUCGACCCAUCCCACCACCGCAACACCACCAACCCUAAACCAAACAUCCCCCAAACCUUCCCCACGGCCCUCCCUGCACACGCCCUCCCCACCCUCCAGCACCCCCUCCCCCGCAUCCGCAGCUCCUCCCUCUCCCUCUCCGCCUUCCAAUCGCGCAUCACCGACCCUGCAACUGCAUCGCCCUUCAUCAUCACGGGAGCCAUCGACUUCUGGCCCGCCAUGAGCGAGCGGCCGUGGAACUCGCCCGCCUAUUUGCUGGAGAGGACGCUCGGGGGGAGACGCCUGGUGCCGGUCGAGGUGGGGCGGACGUACACGGAUGAGGGGUGGGGGCAGCGCGUUAUGAGUUUUGGGGAGUUUAUGGAGGAGUUUAUGUUUGAUGGUGUCGAAGAGGAACACCACCACCCUUCCCACGAUGCUCCACAGUCCGACGACGGACCCGGAACGGCAUCCACCAAACGGAAACGAGCACGGAAACGAGCACGAGCUCGAAAACAAGCAGCAAAGAAACAAACAGGCUACCUCGCCCAACACGACCUCUUCGCCCAAAUCCCCUCGUUCCGCUCCGACCUCUCCAUCCCCGAUUACUGCUACGUCGAUCUCCCAUCCCCGUCCUCCCCCUCCUGCUCCACUACCACCAACCCACCACCAAGAAGAAACCCAGAAAAACUCUCCACGCCCCUCCUAAACGCCUGGUUCGGCCCCCGGAACACCAUCUCCCCGCUCCACACAGACCCUUACCACAACAUCCUCGCCCAAGUCGUCGGCAGGAAAUACAUCCGCCUGUACGCACCUGGUGAAGGCGGGAAGAUGUAUCCUAGGGGUAAGGACGAGAGGGGCGUGGAUAUGGGGAAUACGAGUUUGGUGGAUCUGGAUGUCGCGAUGGGGGUGUGGGGGGAGGUGAGCUGUUGGAGGGGGGGAAGAGAUAAAGAGGGCCAGAGCUGGGAGGAUAUAAAGGCCGAGUACGAGCAUCGUUUCCCGCUUUUCAGGACGGCAGCAUACGUCGAGUGCGUCCUUGGCCCGGGCGAGUGUCUGUAUAUCCCGCCUGGAUGGUGGCACUAUGUGCGCAGUUUGACGCCCAGCUUCAGCGUCAGUUUCUGGUUCAUUUGA